AUGACAAUUCGACAGGCCUUCUUGUUGUCUAGCACCCACACGGUCUUGAUUCUGCUGAGGUUCUCGCACAAGAAAUCGCUCGCAACUGGAGUAGGAAAUGAAGUUGGAAUGUGCAGGCUUGUCAUAAUAAAACCCAUAUAUGUCUCUGGCUGGCAAAGUGAUCGGAGGUCUAAAAAGCUAAUUUUUCUUGUCACUUUUUCCCCAAAAAAACAAAAAAUGAACGAACUGCUCAGCAAGCCUGUCAUCCUCAACGAACUCACGGACGAAGAAUGGAAGCAAGUCCAGCAAUUAAAGAAUAAGAAGAAACCUUCUAUUCCAUUCUCCAAAGCUACCUGCAACGACUGCGUUCGAAGCGAUGGUCUAGCCUUGAACAUUGACUACGCAACUAUUGAUGUUCCUUCGUUGCACAUCCCAACUUCAUUUCCUACUCCAGUUGCGAGCGAUUUCUUGUGCGAGAACCUCAGCAGAAUCAAGACCGUGUGGGUGCUAGACAACGAGAAGGCCUGUCGAAUUGUCAUUGAUGCCAUCCUAACAGAAGUUCUAUUGGCUGAAGCGAAUGACAACCUGAUGGGAUUCUGUGAAGUCAAGAAUGAUUGGGAAGGAACUGGAUUCGGUUACACUGGCGAUGUGGACUAUAUGUUUGGGUCUUCAGAUACCAAAUCCGUGGAUACUAUGGACUCUUUUCUUUUGGUGGUGGAGGCAAAGAAGGAAUGGCCUGAUAGUGCAAUUCCUCAAGUUCUCUGCGAAGCUGGUUGUUUGCUCAAGAAACGACUGGCUGCUGGAAAGGAGACUCCUGUAUUUGCUGUUCUGACAAAUGGGCUUCUCUUCCGCUUCUUUGCUAUUGAUAUUGAUGGGAUAGUGUAUGCUUCCGAGAUUGAAACCUUGAAACUUGGAAAAGACGGUACAUACGAUACAAGCACAUCCCUCUCUGAAAUCCUUCGCUGGUUCACUUGGUUUAUGACAUCCAUCAAAUCCGUCUCUCUCCGUGCGUCCAGCGAGGAUUUGACCGACACAAUGAUUGCUGACUCGCUCACUCAUCUUAGAAGCUGCUUUGGCCCAAAGUUUCCGAUUCAUAGCAAUAAGCAAUCUGACCAAACAUAUGUGUAUCCGCACGUUUGCAUUUCGGUAUGGAAGACCCAGAAACCUCAGCAUAACCCACGACAAAAAACAGAGUACAAGGAUAGCAUGAAAGCUACCAAUCACUUUGGGACUCCAAUUCUGAUUACGUUCUGA